CUGAACUGACCUGCUGACUCAGUGAGGGACAGUCCUCUUCAGCCUGGUGCUCUGGAGACUCUGCGAGAAGCAGCGAGAAGAGUUCAGUUCUCAGCGCUUUGGGUUCACUCGGGAGCCGCAUCUGCAGUCCUGCUGUGUUUUGUAUGAAGAGGAAAGCUUACGUGAUGGAGUCUCAUGACACCAGCAGUGAAGGAGGACCUUCAGCUUUAGACUCUUUCACUAUCUCCCUGUCUGCUUCACUCUCUGAUUCUCCUGCUGUCUCCUUCACUGUCUCUCAGUCUGAGCUGGACCUCAGUAACAAUAACCUGCAGGAUUCACUGGAGUUUCUCUGUGCUGGACUGAGGAGUUCAGAUUGUAAUCUCCAGAUACUCAGAUUAUCUUGCUGCAAUCUUGGGGAGACAGCUUGUGAAAAUCUAAAAUCAGUUUUACUAAUGGAAAACUCCCUGAAAGAGCUGGACCUCAGUAAUAAUGACCUGCAGGACUCAGGAGUGGAGCAGCUCUGUGCUGGACUGAAGAGCUCACACUGUAAACUUCAGAUACUCAGAUUAUCUGGUUGUAUGGUCACAGAGGUAGGAUGUUCUUCUCUGGCUUCAGCGCUGAGUUCAAUCCCCUCAAACCUGAAAGAACUGGAUCUGACCUACAACCACCCAGGAGAAUCAGGCGUGAAGCUGCUCUCUGCUAGACUGGAAGAUCCACACUGCUCACUCAACACACUCAGAGUGGAACAUGGAGGAAAGAUGAGACUCAAACCUGGACUAAAGAAAUAUUCCUGUGAGCUCACUCUGGACCCAGACACACCACUCUCACAUCUCGCGCUGUCUGACGGGAACAGGAAGGUGACAAAUGUGGGAUAUCCACAGCCGUAUCUUGAUCAUUCAGAGAGAUUUGAUGUGUAUGGGCAGGUUCUGUGUAAAGAGAGCGUGACUGGACGCUGUUACUGGGAGGCUGAGAGGAUCACAGGAGAGAUUGAAGUAGCUCUGACCUAUAAAUCCAUCAGCAGGAAAGGAGGGAGUUUUGACACUAGGUUUGGAUGGAAUCAAAAGUCCUGGAGGCUGUUCUGCUCUGACCGAUAUGAUGUCCUUCACAAUAGUAACCGGAUUGAUGUCACAGUUCCUCCCUCCAACUGUAAGAGAGUAGGGGUGUAUGUGGACUGUCCGGCCGGCACUCUGUCCUUCUACAGAGUGUCCUCUGAUACACACACACUGACACACCUGCACACAUUCAACACCACAUUCACUGAACCGCUCUGUGCAGGAUUUACACUUUUUGAUGAAGCUUCACUGCGUGUGUGUGAGAUGGAAUAAUCUCCUGUGUGUGUGUGUGUGUGUGUGUGUGUGUGUGUGUGUGUGUGUGUGUGUGUGUGUGAAUACUCUUGGUCCCUCUCUUCACCAUGAGUAGACCUUUAAGAAUCUCUCCUCUGUUCGACCUUUCUCCAUUGUCUGCACCACAUGGGUAGUGCGAAAGAACAAAGAACCAACCAGUAGGUUCUAUCUUGAAUUAGUAGAACUGUUUCAAGUUAAUUUAAGCGACUGUAAUCUGAGCGGUAUUCAUGAAUGCUCCGUCAAGCUUGCAAAUGGCACUCAGCAGCCUCGUAAACUGAAGUGAUGUCCUCUGUUUCAAACUCUGGACAGGACUCUUCUCCUGGAUUAAAACCUAGAGGACCUGACUUUCUUCCCAACAACCCUGGAUGAUCACAACUUUGAGGAGCAAGGCUGAGCUCAUUCUCAGCACGUUGCACUUGUCUUAAAUUCAGCUGCCGCCGCGUUUGUUCUGGCGUAGAGUAAAUGGUCAGCUGACCUCAUCAACGUAUAGUGAAGCUCACCCGCAAAACAUUUAACUAUUUAAACUCGCACCAUUUUUGCCUCUGACAAGGAAACAUUCCUUCUCCUUUUUUUCAAUCACCUACACCCACUCACUCACUCUUGCCCUCUUUCUCUCUAUAUAUAUAUCUAUAUAUAUAGCGUUUGUCAUGUUGUACACGACUGCCUUAGAGCCGUAUGUUGUCUCUGUGGCUUUUCUCUUUAUACUAUGAUUUGGUAUCUCAUGAUAAAUUGGUUGAAUUUCUGAAAUAUGCACCAUAAUAAGGCUCAUCACAGAUAAUGAGACGACUAAUGAGUAACAUUUAUCAGCAGGAUGUGAAUCAAUCAGUAGCGCAGUGUACUGAUCUCCAGCUUAUUACAUCAAAAACAGUGGAGAUCAUCAUGGAUUAUAGAAGGAACAGAUUAAAAUCUCCAGUGCAGGUUUUGGGACAGUCGGUUUUCUGCGGUAAAAUCUUUAGUUUUUGGGAACUCGCAUUGGCAGUGCUUUGCGGUGGAGUGAUGUAUCUGAUCAUAUCAACAAAUCUCAGCAGAAGUUGCUCUUUUUGAGACAGUUAAAAACUUAGAAAGUAAAAAGAGGUUUAGUGGUUAAACUUUAUUUGUCCGUUAUUUAGAGUUCUUACAUCAUAUUUCACGGUUAUAGAUGUUUAAACUGUGUGUAUUAGUAACCACUCCAUUUAUUUCCCAUAUUUUUUAUUUUCCAUUCCAUAUUUUCCACUCCAUUUAUAGGUUCUUUAGUUAAACGUUAGAUUGAGAUUUAUGAUGUGAUUUUCUGUGUGACCAUAUAUAAUUAUACAUAAAAAUAUAAUGGUGAAAAUGAAUAAUUAAUGAGUAAUAUUAAUGAGAAACACUACAUUAACAUUAAUAAUUAUAGAUUAUGUAACAAAAAACUUUUUGUAAUAUAUAAUCAACAAAUCGGUGUUUGGUGAGUAAUUAACUGACCCCAUUACAGUUUCACAAUUGUGCAAGCCAGUUUAAGUCCAUAAACUAAAAGACAGUAAAUCAUUAUUUGUUCGAUAUGUGUGCCUUUAAAGCAAGUAAUUUCUCCAUAAAGCAACGUACAUGCACAAAGUAGAGAAUAAUGACUUGUCCAGCGGCACCUCAUACACUCCUCUACACACAAACACACAACUGGAGCUCAUGAACAACAUGAACCAACACAUGGAAGGAGUUUUAACAAAGCAGCCGUGUUCAGAAAUCUCUUAAAUCCAUAAGACCCUUCAAAGACCCACAUCCCUCGUUUUCUUGCAUUUCAACGUAUGUACAACGCAUUCUUCAUCAAUCUUGUAAAGGGUUCUUUGAGUGUUCAAGGUUCUAUGUAGAAUAAUUUGCUUUACUAAAGAACCUUUGAAGAACCAUCUUUUUUAAGUGUGUGUGGUUGCUUAGUGUUCUUGUCAUAUUAAAUUUGUAUUUAAACUGAUUCAUUGAUUAAUGAUAAUAUUCUUCUACACCUUUUUUUUCUUUCUCUUUUGCUUUUUUAAGUUUUUGCUGCUCCUCAAUGUGUCUGAAUAUCUGUUAAUGUGAAUAAAAGCUGGUACAGUGUAAAACUUCAACAGGCCAAUCAGCACGCUGCCCAUAUGAACUAUUACCCAAUCACAGCGCAGGAGGCGGGGUUUGGCCGCAUACGGGUGGUUUAAAAAAUAAAAUAAAUAAUAAUAAA